AUGCGGUUCAUUUUGAAUCUCAAGGAGCUCAAUUCUUACAUGGAUCCUCCGCAUUUUAAAUUGGAAGAUUGGCGAACUGUGGUUCGCCUCAUGCUUCCUGAUUUUGAAAUGUCAUCCAUCGACCUUGAAGAUGCAUACCUCGUCGUUCCAAUACAUCCUUCAUAUAGGAAGUUCUUGCGUUUUCAAUGGAGGGGUACAACAUAUGAAUGGGCUGCUCUUCCUUUCGGUCUCGCCACCGCUCCAUACAUUUUUUCCAAGAUCCUUCGACCAGCGAUAAAACUAUUGAGAUCUCAAGGUUUUGACUUCGUUGUCUACCUUGACGAUUUUUUACUGCUAGCUUCAUCAAAACCGGCAUGUCGGGAUAAUGUGCAAGCUCACCUGAAGCUACUUGGUGACCUUGGAUUUGUCAUCAAUUACUCAAAAUCAGAAUUAGAACCGUCACGACAACGCAAAUUUCUUGGCUUUAUUUUUAAUUCGGAGCAACAAUCCGUAUCAAUCCCGAAGGAUCGCCGAAGAAAACUUUUCUCUCUCGUCGCAAAGUUCUCACCUGGUUCUACAUGCACUAUCAGAGACUUCGCAAGUAUGAUUGGCUCUCUGGUAUCAAUUUGUCCGGCAGUGCAAUACGGACUCCUUUAUACAAAAUCUUUUGAGAGAGAAAAAUUUUACAAUCUCAUUUCGGCCGAAAAUAAUUAUGCUGCUAAGAUGACAAUCUCAAAUUCAUUGAAAAAGGAUUACCUUUGGUGGCUAACCAUUUUAUCGGAUAAUUAUCAAACGAAUCACAUCCGCUCAGGUCCCUAUGCUUGCGAGAUUUUUACCGAUGCAUCUCUUUCGGGAUGGGGAGCGUCUUGUUCUUUGCAGCGAACCCACGGUUGGUGGUCCGAAACUGACAAAUCUCGCCACAUAAAUUAUCUCGAACUCAAGGCCAUUUUUUACGCCCUGAAAUGCUUCGCCAAAGACCUCAGCGACUGUGACAUCCUUCUUAGAGUGGAUAAUACCACAGCAAUCUCGUACAUUAACAGAUUCGGCUCGGUUCAACACCCUCACCUCUCCUCAUUGGCCAAGGAGAUUUGGCAGUGGUGCGAGGCCAGGAAUCUUUUCCUUUUCGCCUCUUAUAUUGCCUCAGGAGACAAUGUUAUUGCCGAUGAAGAGUCUCGCCAACAGGUUCCAGAUACUGAAUGGUCCCUAUCGUCUAGGGCCUUCAAUUCGAUUUUACGAGAGUAUGGGCCGUUUGACAUCGAUCUUUUUGCCUCGGUACUCAAUGCCAAGUGUUCAAUUUACGUGUCCUGGUUCCCAGAUCCGGGUGCUUGGACGAUUGAUGCAUUUACCCUCUCUUGGAGAAAUUUCUUUUUCUAUGCUUUUCCUCCAUUUAUUCUCAUUCCUAGGGUUUUGAGAAAAAUUGUGGAUGAUAGGGCCGAGGGAAUUCUGGUGGUGCCAUGGUGGCCUUCACAACCAUGGUUUCCUCUCUUUAAUCGCCUGUUGAUAUCCAAACCAUUAAUUUUUUCACCGUCUAAGGAUCUUCUUUCCUGCCCUUCCAGGUCUCACCAUCCAUCUGCCGAGAACCUUUCCCUGGCGGCCGGGAGAGUAUCAGGAUGGCAUUCCAGUCACGUGGAGUCCCGGACCCGGCUAUAG